CAGAUGUUUUAAGGGUUCUAACUUCUAAGAGAGAUGAGUUUAAUAAGAGGAGGGAGAGAGAUUCAUAAUCCAAAGCUUUCUCUCUCUCUCUCUCUCUCUCUCUCUCUCUGCUUUGUCCUCUCCACUGUCUGACACACUGCUCUCCAUAUGGCGUAAACCUGAUUCCUGAUAGUGCAAGCAAAGCAAGCACCCCACUUUUUUUUUUCUUCUCUUCCUUCCAAAACUCACUGUAUUCCUCUCUUUGUCCGUAAAAAAUCUGCCUCUCUCUCUCUCUCCUUUUUUGGCCCCUCACUACUGCUAUAAGCUCAUGGUUUAGGGAGCUUUCACUAGCAAAACCCACCUGCAAUCUUCACUUGGCAUCCUGCUCUUCUCUUCUUCCCUCUUCAUUCACCACUUGCUCCUCAUUUUCAUUAAUGGUGUCUUCUCCCACAGUUUUGCCUCUCUCUUGCCCAUUGGAGCUGAUUAAUCCCAAGAUCUUCAGACACAGAAGAUUUGUGUGAGUGAUCUCUCUUAUGCCUCUACUCAUCUAUACUGAUGAAGAAGAUAAUAUUUUAACAUUUCCCCCAUAUUGGUCUUGGUGUUUCUUUCUUCCUUUCUGUCUUCCCAUCUUCAUCUCCUUUCGGCGUCUAGUGCCCAUGUCCAUCUUCACCCAUCAAUUUAUUCUCAGGGACAAGUACUGUUCUCAGUGUUGACUGCUACCUUGCCCAGCUAUUCUCUCUCUCUCUCUCUCUCUCUCUCUCUCUCUCUCUCUCUCCUCCAUUAUCAAGACACAGAGGGAGAGAGAAAUCUGUAGAGCAAAUCAAAGAGAAUUUGGUCCAGUAGUUUCGCAUGCACUGGGUGCUACUGGACUCUAAUUUUUCUUGCUUUCUUGUGCUCUUUCUUUUAUGUUGAAGAUGUGGUGACAAGAAGCUAGAGCCCUAGUUUAGUAAUCUGUUGCUUCCAAAAGAGUAAACAGUCAAACACUUCUAAAUUUAAUCAUUAAGGCCUAGCUCUAGCCUCUAGCUCUAACUGCUCUAAUUUAUAAUAUUUUUCUCUUGUCUUGUUACAUCCAUCUUUUUGGUCUCCAAACCAACAACACCCAAAUUUAAAAAAAAAAAGAAAAAAAAAAGAAAAGGAAUGGAACUCCCAGAUCAUCAACAGGGAGAGAUCCCAAUUCCAAUCAACAGCUCGUAUGGUGGCCACAUGAUCCAUCACGAUCCUGCACCCCACACCCAUAUUCCUUCAAAUGGCCCCAUGGCCACAGCCCUAGGUGACAGCCAGGAGCAUGUGCCCUACAAGAAAAUGGUGAGGUACAGAGAGUGCCUGAAAAACCAUGCAGCAGCCAUGGGUGGAAAUGCCACAGACGGGUGUGGAGAGUUCAUGCCCAGUGGAGAAGAAGGCACCAUCGAAGCCCUCACCUGCUCUGCCUGCAGCUGCCACAGAAACUUCCACAGAAAAGAAGUAGAAGGUGAGCCCUCUAAUUCCUUCGACUGUUUCCCAUCCCCAUAUCUCAACAGGGUCAGCAGAAAAAUGAUUUUGGGGCAUACCCACAAAAGUAUUUUAGCCCCAGAAGCUCUGGGGUACCCCACACCUGGGGCUGGCCUUAUCCCCUCAAGAGGGCACCACCAGCUGAUAUUGUCCUAUAAUAAUUUGGGCUUAGUACCUUCAGAAUCUGAUGAGCAGGAAGAUGGUGGUGGUGGUGGUGGUGGUGGUGGUGGUGGUGGGUUUGUAGCCAGGCCCCCUCAGCUGGUCAAGAAGAGGUUCAGGACAAAGUUCACCCAGGAACAGAAAGAGAAAAUGCUGAGCUUUGCUGAGAAAGUUGGGUGGAGAAUCCAGAAGCAAGAGGAAGCUGUGGUGCAACAGUUCUGCCAAGAGAUUGGAGUCAAGAGAAGAGUCCUCAAGGUUUGGAUGCACAAUAACAAGCACAAUCUAGCCAAGAAAAACCUCUCCAUUGCCCCAAAUCCUAUCUAGAUCAUUACAACUACUAAAAACACAUGGAAAGGCUUUCAUUUCUUCCAUUCCACUACUGCUGCUUGCUUUUAGCUGAGAUCACUACUCAUUGUCGUCUUUAUGUUUUCUUUCAUCUUCUCUUUUACUGUUUCCUUGCUUUGUGUCUAUCUUGCAGAUAUGUUUCAAUUUUGAACUCAUAUUGGUUAUGUAAUUUAGUCUAGAGAAAUUGGGUUUGGUAAUUAAUAUAAUUUCAGUUGUGGGUGACAUGUAAUAUAUAUAUAUAUAUAUACAUACUUUAUUUGUUUCUACUGCCCCAAUGAGCAGCUACAAGAAUUUUCUCAGA